ACGUCUUUUUUUAUUGUGGAUUCUUGAUGGCAGUUGAUCACCAAGAAGUUGAUCCAGUUGCUACUAGCAGCCCAGUUGCUCCCAUAAAACCCCCUCAUUUACAUAUUGACUGGUCAAAGAUAGGACUUACACCCUCUAGACUACAGUUUCUUGCUGAACUGGUAGCAGAGUUUAUUGGUAUUUUUUUGCUUAUUUUGGUUGGAGACAGUUGUUCGAGUAUGGCUUUGCUCUUCUCACCUAGUCCUUAUUUGACAUCCUAUUGGGGAGUUUGUAUCACAUGGGGUUUAGCAGUCACUUUUGCUAUUUAUGGCACGGGUGGUGUCUCAGGCUGUCAUAUCAAUCCUGCAGUCACUGUAAGCUUUGCACUAUUCCGAGGUUUUCCAUGGUGGAAAGUGGUGCCAUAUAUUAUUGCACAGUGGAUGGGUGCAUUUGUAGGCGCUUUUUCUGUAUACAAUAUGUAUUUUCCCAUAUUUACAGCAUAUCUCAACAGCAACAAUAUUACCAAGCAAGAUUCAGUCACUAGCUCAGAAUCUUUCUUUACUUCGGUCAAUGAGCAUCUCACCAAUUAUGAUGGUUUUAUUGGACAAAUAUAUCAAACUGGCAUUUUAUUAUAUGGAAUCUUUGCCGUUACUGACCCAUUCAAUCCCAACUCGUUUAGUCACAAUGGAUUGAAAGCAUUGCUUAUUGGUUAUGUAGUUGCAAUGGUUGGUGGUGGAUUUGGCUUUCUUGAGGGUUUUGCUAUCAAUCCUGCAAGAGAUUUUGGUCCAAGAGUGGCUGCUUAUGCUCUCGGGUGGGGAAAGGCUGCCUUUCCUGGUUUCCAUAAUUAUUGGUGGGGUCCUAUUUGUGGACCUUUUAUUGGAGGUCCACUUGGUGCAUUUAUUUACGAAGCCUUUAAUCGUCCUUUCAUGCCAGGAGUUCAAAUACACGGAGAUACCCCUCUGAUGAAAGCUUGGAGUCGAUUGAUUAUUUGGCUUUUCCCAAAGCUCGCAGUUUCUCAGGAUGACUAUGGUAGAACAGAUAAGAUGAAUGUGAUUCUUGAAGAUCGUUUUCAUAGUGACUAUCAUCAUGCUAUGAUAGAUGUGGGUCCAGGUGGGACAGUUCCACAAGAGUCCGGUAUUGAGGGCCUUGAUAAGAGUUUGUGACGUGGUUUGCAUUUUUGAGUUUUCAAACACAACAAGAUUCGUAAAAGCUCAUUGUAUCGAUGCAAAAUAAAAAGUUGUUGAGGAACGUUUCAUGAUGUCUCAAGUCAUCAUGAGGUUACUCACAUUAUGUUUUAGAAACACAAAAAAAC